AUGCUCCUUUUUGUAACUCAUCGUGACUCCAUCUCCUGCUCGCCCCGUCCUGCACACAGUUCUAGGCGUUUCAAUGUCCGCCCGCCCCGGUCGUGGGGGUUGGUGACGGAUCUCAGAUCGAGUCCGGUGAAGAAGCCUCCUCCAACGGCGCACACCGCCGAGGUCAUGGCGGAGGGCGAGAGCCCCAAAGAGGAGCCUGAAGAUGAGUUGUCUGCAGCCAAACAUGAGCUGCAGCACAGAUGGUGUCUUUGGGUACACCAACGACCAGGCUCCCAGAAGGAUAAAGCGUGGAAUGAGAGUCAGCGAGAAGCGCACUCAUUCGACACGGUUGAGGACUUUUGGUGCAUGUUUCACUUUUCUUAUCCACCUUCCAAGCUUGAAAAUGUGGACUAUUCCCUCUUCAAGCAGGGUAUUGCACCUGCGUGGGAGGAUGCUGCCUUGAAGAAUGGAGGCAGAUGGGUCAUCAAGCUUGAGAAGGUCAAGGCGCAGAGCCUAGACGAUUUGUGGCUGUCUCUCAGCCUAGCCCUCAUUGGUGAGGCCUUCUACGACGUCGGCGGCGCCGAGCUGGUGUGCGGAGCGAUCGUCUCGGUGAGGAGCCGGGCCAGCAAGAUUGCCCUGUGGCUGACCACCGCCAAGGAUGAGAAAAGAGUUAUGGCCAUUGGCCGAGAAUAUCGGAACGUCCUCGCCAGCACUCCUGGGCUUCAGGAGCUAGCUACGAAGGAAUUCACCUUCGAGGAUUUCCGAAAGCAGUCCGUCACCUAUGUCCUCUCGAAAGUGAGCGGAGAAGAGCCCCCUGCACCCAGCUCGGCGAGCCUUUUCCAAUGA